CCAGCCCAGAACUCUUCUUGACGGUGCCAUGGGGUGGGUGAACCCUCGAAAGGGAAGAUUCCCUAAACACUGAUGUCUCUGAAAGCAUCCAGAGCACUGGGCCCUUGACAACAUGAGUAAGAAGAUGGACUCCAACUCUUCAUUCGAUUGGCCUCCCGUGCUGAAUUACACUGGGACGUACAAGUACCUCUACUUUGAAGGCAACGUCUCCUACGUGGAUUUCUACCUUCAUCAGCCUUCAGUGGCCGCUGUCUUCAUCGCCUCGUACCUUCUCAUCUUCCUGCUCUGCAUGGUGGGCAACGGGGUGGUCUGCUUCAUCGUGCUGAGGAGCAAACACAUGCGUACGGUCACCAACCUCUUCAUCUUGAACCUGGCUGUCAGCGAUUUGCUGGUGGGGAUCUUCUGCAUGCCCACCACCCUCCUGGACAACAUCAUCGCAGGAUGGCCGUUUGGGAGCCUGGUUUGCAAGAUGAGCGGGAUGGUCCAAGGAAUCUCAGUUUCUGCUUCUGUCUUCACUCUGGUUGCUAUCGCCGUAGACAGGUUUCGAUGCAUUGUCUACCCCUUCAAGCAGAAGCUGACCAUCUCGACUGCGGUUGUCAUCAUCGCCGUCAUCUGGAUCCUGGCCGUGGCCAUCAUGUGUCCUUCUGCAGUCAUGCUGCAGGUGCGAGAGGAGAAGCAUUUCAGGGUGAUCCUCGGCUACGGCAACGAAACCCGCCCCGUCUACUGGUGCCGGGAGGACUGGCCGAACCCGGGGAUGAGGAAGAUCUACACGACGGUUCUGUUUGCCAACAUCUACCUGGCCCCCCUGUCGCUCAUCGUUAUCAUGUAUGCCAGGAUCAGCAUUGCCCUCUUCAACACGGCGAUGCCCGCGGUGGGGAAACACGGCCAGGAGCAGCGGCACGGCGUGUCCAAGAAGAAACAAAAAGUCAUCAAGAUGCUCAUUAUCGUGGCUUUGCUUUUCACCCUCUCCUGGCUUCCCUUGUGGACUCUGAUGAUGCUCUCGGACUACGCCAACCUGUCGGAUAUCCAGCUGCAGAUCAUCAACAUUUACAUCUAUCCCUUUGCUCACUGGCUGGCCUUUUUCAACAGCAGCGUCAACCCCAUCAUCUAUGGUUUCUUCAACGAGAACUUCCGCCGAGGCUUUCAGGCAGCCUUUAAACUUCAGCUCUGCUUCAGGGAGAUGGUUCACAGGGAGGUGUGCUCUCAGCAAGGCCAAAGCAAUGCCAUCUUGCCAGCUGCCAACUACCCGGCACCCCGGGAUCGAGCUCGUCAGACUGCUCAGGAGGAGGAGAAGGCUGUUAAGAAAGGUAAUUGGGUGAAUAACCAGCAUGAUUUGAUAAUGGAGGAUCUAGAAGAGCCCUGCAACGACGGGAUUAAGUGAAACAUGCUAUGAACUACCCAAAUGAUUUAUGCCUCGUGGGGUUUGUUCUUUAUCUUGUGAAACUCAUGCUCUUUAAGCCCUGUCUGACAAUAAUGUCAAGAUGUUUCUGGUUUGAAGGAGAUACGCAACUUGCAUAAUAUCCAAGUGUUUGAUACAAGUAGGAAACCAAAUCCAACCCUUUGCAUUACCAGCUUAAACCAGCGGCAGGUUCCCUGCAGCCAGGGAUGACUCACUGCUCUCUGACUGGGCUGGAGCAAAGACAUGAUUAAAAUGGAUUACCUUCCAUUUAUUGUGACAUAAGAGAAAAAGAGAACUCUGAUUAUCAACUCGGAUACAAUUACUCCAGAUGCUUUCUGAUGAAGAGGAGAACAUUCAUUCAUUUUCUUCUGCCAGUCAUUGGAGCAGCUGAAACAGGGUUGUUCGAGCAGUAUUUAUAGUAAUA